AUGGAGUCUGGAGGAGUGAUUGCAGAGGCAGGCUGGAGCAUGGUCGGGAUGCCAUCGCAAGCCGAGGAGUCGGAGAUAAUGGAGCAGCUACUUGGUACCUUCCCCUCCAAUUGUGAGCAAGGUGACCAAGAGUUGCCAUGGCCUAUUCAAGCUUCCAAUGCGUUCUACUCCCACUGCCAUGCUAGUUCUAGUACAUAUAGCUCCACUAAUAGCAAUAGUUCUGGUAGUCCCACUUUUGUUGUGCCAUCUGAAUAUGGGGGCUACUAUUUGAGCAACUCAAAUGAGGCCCUAGAUCUCAACUUCUGCACUGCACCAAUGCACCUGCACAUGGUCCAGGAACAAGGUGCUGCUCAGUUUAUGGAUACUAUUCUUAACCCUCCUUACGGGAGUAGUGAUUCAAGCUGUGAGGAUCUUGGGGAUUCUGGCAUGAAUCUACUUGAUUCCAUUGGUGCUUCUGUCAAGAGAAAGCAUCUGGAACAAGGCAAACUGGAUGGCCCAACAAGAAGUCGGAAAUGCGCAAGGAAGUCUGACUCGAAGAGGGCGAAGAAGACCAUGCAAUUGGAAGACCAGGAUGGAGGCGUUGCUGCGAAUGGGCAAAGCUCGAGUGGCUGCACAUUUGAGAAUGACUCGAGUGCAUUUCGAGGGCCUCCUGUUGUUGCUAAUCUGAAUGCCAAGGCUCAAGCUGACCGCCGGUCAGCAACUGAGUCCCAAAGCCUCUAUGCUAAGAAAAGAAGAGAGAGGAUCAACGAGAGGCUGAGGAUAUUGCAGAACCUUGUACCAAAUGGAACCAAGGUAGAUAUCAGCACUAUGCUUGAAGAGGCAGUGCAGUAUGUGAAGUUCCUGCAGCUUCAAAUUAAGCUGCUGAGCUCUGAUGAAAUGUGGAUGUAUGCACCGAUUGCGUACAAUGGGAUGAACAUAGGAAUCGAUCUGAACCUCUCUCAGCACUGAUAGACCACUUCUAACAAUCUGAAGUUGCAGAAACUUCCGCAAACUAUACUUACAGUAUGAUUCGGAUUUGUAGACUUAAGACAUACUCUUUGUCACUAACAUGUUCCCGGUCUGAUCAAUAAGCCAUUCUGUGGCAUCCAACCUUUUGACAAAAAUGAAGGUCGAAAGUAAACUUGUUCUUCAGUUGUUUUGGGGUAACCAGCCUGCAGUUACUGAAGAACCGGCUUGUAUGCCCACAAGGAUAUGGCAAAAGAUGUAGUUACUGUACACCGGGAAGAGGCCCUGAAACUUGUCAAGACAAGAAAAGGGCAACGGAUCUGAUAAACCACAUCUGGAGACUGUCGUUUCGUUCUUUGCUUUGUCUCGUUUCUGAAUUUGCUCUGGUAGCAAAUUUCUGUAUACAGUCAAACUGAAUGUACGAAAAUAAAAUAAAAUAAUUUAUGUCUA